CGGAGGUUCACGUUGUGGCGAACCAGCUGGAACCAGCGACCUCCAGAACACACGGGAUUUUUCCACGGGGGUCUGUCAUGGAUUUCUUUUUUCUUUUUUUUUCUUUUUUUUUUUUCUCCCUCCUGUUUCUUCUGUUUGGCUGUCGGGGGGAGGGAGGAAAGCUGCAGUGUCCUUAAUUUCUUCCUAGGUGGCCUUUUUUCUGGAGGAUCGGAAGUGCCUGGGGACUUUUUAUAGGGGGAGGGGGGGGGAGAAGCGGGGCGACCGCCGGACCCCGAGCACCGAUCACUUCCCCACCGCUCCACCUUCGCCCGUAGAGCUGUCGCACAUUAUCACCGCGGCCAUCCCGCGAGCGACAGCGAUGUCGCUCCGGUGAUCCCGACGCCGGCGGGGCGUGAGCGGCCACGGUGACGAACCCACCGCUUUCUCCUCUCGCUCCGUGGUUUGGCCCCGGCGAGCGGGGGGUGUCUCUGGUUUGCACUUUAGUCCUGGAAAUGUCCCGUUAAGAUGCACCUUGGUGGUUUUGGGGGGGUUUUUUUGGGUUGUUGGUUGUUUUUUUUCUCUCGAUCCUGUCGGGUCCAAGCCCUCGGGGGCGGCGGAGGGGGAAAGAAGGGGUCGUGCUGAUCCCGUUUUUGUUUCUGCUUUCCCCAAGGAGCUCCCUCGGCUGGAGGAGCCCUCGGUUCCGUGCCCGGGAGGGUCGGCGCGUUACCAGGCGCCGUCGGUCGGUCGGUCCCGGCAGCGAGACGCCCCCGCCGCCCUCUCGGGGGGGAUGCAGGUGGCACCCCCGGGUGCUGUGCAGGUGCCUCUGGUCAGGGCGCUGCAGCAGGAGGGGUCACCCCAAAAGCGGGGACACCCCGAAGCAGCAGCACGUCUGCAGAGGGCAGCACCGCCCGGGCAAUGUGUCCCAGCACCGGGGCCGGAUCCUGCUGCUCCCAACGCCUGCCAGCAGCACCCCGCUCUGCCCCGGGGGUGUCCCACUUGCGGGGGGGGGGGGGGGGGCUCUGGGGAGCUCCCGGGGCCGUGGGGCAGAGGGAGCAGUCUCGUAUGAAGCCCGCCAGCGCGGGGGCAGAGCCCGCAGGCAGAUGAACCCCUUCCCCACCGCCCCGGCCCCCGCCGCAGGGCAGUGUUGUGUUCCCCCCCCGAGCCAGUCUGGCUUCCCGGUACCGGUAGAGCUUUGUGCCACGACGUGGGCAACCGGUUGUGUCGUCUCUUGGCCUGGGGUCCAGCUGACGGAGCCCCCCCCGCGUCGGUGACGUGUAUUUAAGCAGGGACCGUGGCCCCGUUCCCCCCUCCCACGGUGUCCCUCACCCUGCCGAGACCCCCCCCUUUCCCCGACAUCUUCUGGCCAAAACCCUGGACCAAAUGGGGACACUGCAGCUUUCCUCACUUUUUUUUUUUUUUAAUUUUGUUUUCCUUUUUCUUCUGCUUCUCCUCUGAUAUAAUUAUUACUCUUUUUUUCUUUUUUUUCUUUUUUUUUUUUUUGCUUUGAGAAAGCUCCUCCAUUGCAUUUAAAUAACAAUCAUGGUAACAGAACUCAACCGCUGAUUUACCGAUGUAUUUAAUGGUUAAGCCACGCCCACGUUGUCGGUCUGGGGGCGUGGCCAGAGGGCUGAUCCCCCGAGGCCACGCCCCUCGCCUCUCUCUUAAAGAGGCAGCGACGGGUGGGAGGUUUCGCUACCGGAGCCGUAACGCAGGUGCCGCCGCGAUGCUGCUGCUCCGAGCCAUCGCCGGGCGCAGGCUCCCGCCGCUGCCGCUGCCCCGCCGCGGCUGCUCCCGGUUCCCCCCAGGCAGCCCGGUCGCGGGGAGACCCCGGGGGGCGGCUCCGGUGCUGGCAGCGCUGCUGGGCCUCGGAGCCGUCCUGGCCUACGGAGAGCGGCGGCGGCGGGGCGCCCAGGCGGCCCAGGCCACCCCCGUCCCCCAGUACCCCCUGUACACACGGGAGGAGGUGGGGCGGCACCGCUCCCCCCAGGACCGCGUCUGGGUGACCCACGGCACCGAGGUCUUCGACGUCACUGACUUUGUGGAGCUGCACCCCGGGGGGGCCGACAAGCUGCUGCUGGCGGCCGGCGGGGCCCUGGAGCCCUUCUGGGCCCUCUACGCCGUCCACAACCAGCCCCAUGUCCUGGAGCUGCUGCGGGAGUACAAGGUGGGGGAGCUGAGCCCCGAGGAGGCGGCGCUGGCCCCCGACGCCGCCCAGGACCCCUUCGCCGGGGACCCCCCGCGGCACCCUGGGCUGCGCGUCAACAGCCAGAAGCCGUUCAACGCAGAGCCGCCGGCGGAGCUGCUGGCCGAGCGCUUCCUGACGCCCAACGAGCUCUUCUUCACCCGCAACCACCUGCCGGUGCCGGCGGUGGACCCUGGCUCCUACCAGCUGCGGGUGGAGGGGCCGGGGGGCCGGGCGCUCUCGCUGUCGCUGACCGAACUGCGCAGCCGCUUCCCCAAGCACGAGGUGACGGCCACACUGCAGUGCGCCGGCAACCGCCGGGCCGAGAUGAGCCGCGUCCGCCCCGUCAAGGGGCUGGCGUGGGACAUCGGGGCCAUCAGCACGGCCCGCUGGGGCGGCGUGCGGCUGCGCGACGUCCUGCUGCACGCCGGCUUCGAGGAGGAGCGGGAGGGCGAGUGGCACGUCUGCUUCGAGGGGCUGGACACCGACGCCGGGGGGGCCCCUUACGGCGCUUCCAUCCCCUAUGGCCGCGCCGUCAGCCCGGCCGCCGACGUGCUGCUGGCCUACGAGAUGAACGGCGAGGAGCUGCCCCGCGACCACGGCUUCCCCCUGCGCGUGGUAGUGCCCGGCGUGGUGGGCGCCCGCAGCGUCAAGUGGCUGCAGCGUGUGGCCGUCAGCCCGGCCGAGAGCCCCAGCCACUGGCAGCGGAACGACUACAAGGGCUUCUCGCCCUGCGUGGACUGGGACACAGUGGAUUACUCGACGGCGCCCGCCAUCCAGGAGCUGCCGGUGCAGUCGGCCAUCACCCACCCGCGCCCCGGGGAAGCGGUGCCGGCGGGGGAGCUGACGGUGAAGGGCUACGCCUGGAGCGGGGGCGGCCGGGAGGUGGUGCGGGUGGACGUCUCUCUGGACGGCGGCCGGACCUGGCGCGUGGCGCGGCUGGCGGGCGAGCGGUCGGUGCCGGGACGUGCCUGGGCCUGGGCGCUGUGGGAGCUGCAGGCGCCGGUGGCGGCGGGCGCCGAGCUGGAGAUCGUCUGCAAGGCGGUGGACGGCAGCUACAACGUGCAGCCCGACACCGUGGCGCCCAUCUGGAACCUGCGCGGGGUCCUCAGCAACGCCUGGCACCGCGUCCGCGUCACCGUCAGCCGCUGACCGUCCCGGCGGCUUUCCCCGCUCGCCCGCGGCCGCGGCAGCUCAAAGGUCGCCGCUUUUUACAGCCCCCGACGUGUGAAAGUGGCUCCAUAAAGAUUGCGCAGUUUUA